AGUGGCGCAGAGACUGGCCCUGCGGCUGGCUGCAAAUCUGCCCUCAGCAGUUCCUCUCCCGCUGGCGGUCUUCUGCUAGUGGCGCAGCGGUGCGAGAACUUCCGCGGCCUCGCGCGGGCCCGCGAGCGCCUAACUAAUCGACGCGCACCGUCUUCACCGAGCGCCAUGGCCCUGACAGGCGCGCCCGAGGCGGCCGGGCGCUGCCUGCUCCUCUGCCUGCUUGGGCUUCUGCUAAUGGCGAGCCCUGCGCUGGGCUGGGACGACCCUGACAGAAUAUUGUUGCGGGAUGUAAAAGCUCUUACUCUGUACUAUGACCGCUAUACCACCUCCCGGAGGCUGGACCCUAUCCCACAGUUGAAAUGUGUUGGAGGCACAGCUGGUUGUGAUUCCUACACUCCAAAAGUCAUACAGUGUCAGAACAAAGGCUGGGAUGGUUAUGAUGUACAGUGGGAGUGUAAGACCGAUUUGGAUAUUGCAUACAGAUUUGGAAAAACUGUGGUGAGCUGUGAAGGCUAUGACUCCUCUGAAGACCAGUAUGUACUUAGAGGUUCCUGUGGCUUGGAGUAUCAGUUAGAUUAUACGGAGAUUGGCCUGAAGAAAUUGAAAGACUCUGGGAAACAACAGGGCUUCUCUUUCUCUGAUUAUUAUUAUAAGCUAUACUCUGCAGAUGCCUGUGCCACUGGUGGAUUGGUUACCAUCGGAGUGCUGCUAACUAUUGCCUUUGUAGUUUAUAAGUUGUUUCUUAGUGAUGGGCAGCAUUCACCUCCACCAUACUCUGAGUAUCCUCCGUAUUCCCAGCAUCACCAGAGGUUCACCAACUCGGCAGGAGCCCCUCCCCCAGGCUUUAAGUCUGAAUUCACAGGACCACAGAACACUGGCCAUCGUGCAGCUUCUGGUUUUGGCAGUGCUUUUGCAGGACAACAAAGAUGUGAAAAUUCAGGACCAGGGUUCUGGACUGGCAUGGGAGCUGGAGGACUAUUAGGAUAUUUGUUUGGCAGCAAUAGGGCAGCAACACCAUUUUCAGACUCGUGGUACCACCCUUCCUAUCCUCCUCCGUACACUAGCACAUGGAACAGUCGUGCUUACUCAGCACCUCGGGGAAACCUAGGGGGCUAUUCGGCAUGUUCAGACUCAGAGAUGAAAACCAGAACAGCGUCAGGCUAUGGUGGUACUAGACGACGAUAAAGAAAGUUGAAGUUGAACACUGGAAGCAAAGUUUCUGAGUUUUCAUCACUUUCUCUUUAAAAAAAGUGCUACCUGCUAACAACUGGGGAAGGGAAAUAUUCAAAAAUCUGUGGUGUUUUGUCCUGUGCAGCUUUUUUGUAUUUUAUUAUUUGUGGCUAAGAGUUGGUAUAUGACAAAAUGCUUAUUUAUGAUAUAUUAGUAUAACACACAGGUGUAUAGUGAAGUUUUUGAAAGUGAUGAUUUCUGUGGAAUGCUAAAAAUUUAUUAUUUGCUUAUAAAACUUGUGAAACCACUGUAAACAUUACUAAUGAAAAAGUCAUACCAGUAGAAACUGGUAAAGAAAAUAUCAGUCUUUUGUGGUUUUAGUGGAUGAGUCUUUACCUCAUAGAAACAGUAAUCUAUUUGGUAUUACGUUAUUGUUCAAAUGUUUGUGUUUGGUAUUCUUCAAAUAUUUAAACCAAGCUUUGGACUACUAAUUAUGCUAAUUUGUAGGUUCUGAUGACUUCUGAGCUCUGGAGCUCUGAGUCCUUUAGUGGUGGUAGGCUUCUGGUAAGUGAGAAUUACCUUUCAUAAGUAAAGGUAGAAAAUGAGCACCUAUUAAAGAAAUAAACACCUAGAAGGUUGUGAA